AGCCUCCAGAUCUUCCAAUUCCGACUCAGCCAUCUGGUUUUCUAGGACGUUUGGGAGAAUAGGUGCAGCUUCAGCCAUCCAGCCGAUUCCCUAACCCACAAAGAUUGCUACUACUUGUUCAAAAAAAAAAAAACCCUGUAUCAUGAAAUUACAGAAAUGACCUUCAGAAUCUCUCAUAUACCCUUCAUCGUGCUCUGCCAUGGUUUCUGUUGGACGACUGAUCCACCUACCGUGGGACUAGAUUGGGAGCUCUGGUUGGGCGGCAGACUUGUUAUUUGGAGCCUGCGGCUGUGAGCGUUGACCUAUUUUGCCUAGAGUUAGUGAUAGGAGAGAAGCUGUUCUGUUCCUUAAAUUCUAUAAAGUGAUUAUCAAAGACAUGAAGAGUUAAAAAGAAAUUAGUUUUGAUUUGGAGACACGAAGACUUAAAAGAAAUCAGUUAAGUUGCUGUUGAGAAAAGAAAAAGAAAAGUCAUUCUUUAGUCGAGGAGGAUGAGUGGGGAUGCUGUUGACGCCUGGAAAAGAUGCGCGGAGGCGUUUCAACUUGGGAAUCCGAGACUUGCAAAUGCAGUGAUGAGAAUUGUUCUUGAUCUUGCUGAAGAGGAAACCACUCCUAGAACUAGAAGAUUGAUCCUAUAUUUUGCACAAGCUCUCGCUUGCCGAGCCUAUGGACUUCAUCCUAAAUGUUUUUCAUUCCCAUCACCUGCCUGGAAGGAUUGGAUGUGUAGAUGCUAUGACCUUUUUUCUACUGUAGGUUGGUAUAUUUCAGAUGUCGUUGAGGGAAAAUGCAAAGUUCAUGUUAUUGAACUUGUCAAGGACAUGGAUGGUUAUGAGCAAUGGGCAUCCAUUUUUAGGCAGACUGAUAAAUGGGGUGAACUGACACAUUUAAGGUUAAGUUUCCUUGUACUAGAAAACGUUGAAUUUUCGAAAGAAAGUGAGGAGGAACUUAUUAGGAUCACUAACGAUUUGCACAUUGAGCUGGAAUAUAGGAUUAUUGCUGUUAACAGUUUCACUGACAUUGAUGUGUCUUUGCUGGAGAUGCGGGAUGGUGAGUUUGUGAUUGUGAAUUGCAUGUUUGUAUUCAGCAAAAUGUUAUCGGAGGCAUUAGCUCUGGAGAAGCUGUUAUCAAGGGUGAGGGAUGUCAUGAGAGUGGAUAUUAUGAGUUGUAGAGCAUGAUGCUAACCACCAUCAGUCUGAUUUUUUAUUGCGGUUUGAUGAAUCACUUAGAUAUUAUUCUUCUCUAUUCGAAGAUUAUAUUUUCAGUAAAAGCGAGGUGUAUUAUAGAUAUCAAAUAUGGAACAUAGUGGCGUAUGAGGGUAGAAACAGGGUGGAGCGGCACCAGACGUGGGCUCAAUGGAAAUCCUUGCUUACUCAUUAUGGAUUUUGUAUUUUUAAGUUGUUUACCAAAUGGGAAAAUGGAGAAUAUGAAGAGUGGAUAGAAGAUGGUAUCUUGGUGAUCACAAGUGCCAAAACAGAGAAGCGGCCAGUAUUUUUCGUUUCUGCUUGGAAAAUAUUAACAUCCCCCUCCAAAUCAUCGGACUCUAAUGAAGGUCUCUGCGAAAGCGAUUGCCUUCAAACUUUCGAAAUUUCCCCGGAGGUAUUCUAUUUUCUUCUUAUGCGAUAUCUUAUUUGUCGAAUAUACAAGUCGAAAAACAUUGAAUUCCUCAUCUUGGUUCAUCUUAAUUAAUUAAUCUAUCCAUUCAAUUUUAGUGAGUUUAGGGUUUUUUUUUUUUUUUUUUUUUUUUUUUUUUUUUUUUUAAUAAAAUUUUAUAUUUAUC